UUCCUAAGGGAGGUGUUGACGAGCUUGAUAGAGUCGCCUGAUGAUGAGGAGUUUGAACACUUUUUAAUUGCUUUUGCAAAAGCCAACAAGCAGAAAAACAUCACCCUCAUCAAAAAUCCAGGUGUACGAGACACAAUCUUGAACCUGACUUUGACGGCCCUUGCGCCUGAAUUUGAAGAAUUUGAGCCUGAAGACUUUAAGAUGUUGUUCCAGGACCAUUUGGCUCCUGUCUUGGCGAGCCUCCACCCUGGCAGCUUGGCGGUUAUCCCCAAUAACAUCAGCUGUCACUCCUACAGAGCUAUACUCACUGGUCUUGGGCAAAGUGUGGAAUCCCUGCCAUUGCACCUUUCGGACAGCCUGAGAUCAAGCAUAAAGUCACUGAAGGAAAGAUUCACACGUUGCUCACUUCCAGACUCCUUCAUGUGCAAGAAGACCCCGGUCAAUGAGAACCUCACCUGUGCUGCAGUCAAUAGAUCACACGUCCAAGAAACACUAUCUGUUUACAAUUCCUCUGAAGCGCUGUGCCGUUUUAACCUCACUGAGCAUGCUUGUUCCUCGGCUACACAUCUAACAGCCAGCAACUUGGUCACAUUGAUGAACUGCACACUGGAAAGCAACAGGACAUACCCGACAGAGGUCUGGAAGCUUUUAUUCCAAAAAGCUUCUCCUGAACUAGACAAGGCUCUUGAGACAUUCGCAACCAUGGCACCAGGCAACAGCAAGCCAUCCUUGUCACAUGCACUUGAGGCUCUCGGAGAGGUGAGAAUUGCCAACUUCAGCCAGACACAACUGCAGAGUGAUGACUUUGUCAGCAGCUGGUUCCAGACAAAUAUUCGUCCGUUUUUGGCCUCCACAACCCCCAACUUCCUGUUCUGCCUCAGCUCCAAGAACUUCAGCUGCGAGACCUACCAGACUGUCAUCAAGGCAUUCAGCAGUCAAAGGGCAUCCAUGGACAGAGAACAACAGCAAGCUGUCUACACGCAUUUCAUCCGACCAUUCCUUUCAAGAAAUGACUCAUCAGAUCCUGGCUGUGUCUCCUUCAACAGAGGCAGUAAAGAGUGGCUUCAGGGCAACUUUGGCAACUUCUCUGGUUUUGCAAAACUUCGGGAUCUGCAACAUCUCAAUGCCAACUUCUCCAGCGCCGAAUUGUUGCCACUGCUCACUCCCACUCAGGUGGCAGAGUUGACACUGAGCUCAGGGGCCUUGAAUGACACCGACCACAUUGACCGUGUGUUUGAGCGACUCCAGGAGGGCGAUGCUCUGGAAAAUGUGGAAGAAUUCCUGACACAGCUGACAGCUAAUGGAAAGGGCCCGGAUUUCCAACCUGUUGUGAGAGACCGUGUAAUGAAUCGGACCUUCAGCAUUAUCAGUCCCAAUUUCACACACUUUAUGGAAGAAGACUGGUUUGUUUGGUUCCAUAAGAUCCUGGUUCCUGUCCUCCCAAGUUUCAGUCCAAUGAUGAUCAAGAGUGCAACCGCAAACAUUUCCUGCAAAAACUUCCAAGUCGUUGUGAGUGGGAUGAGCAAUGCUGCCCCUGCAAUGUCCAAGGGACAACGAAAAGGCAUUGGAAAAGCCUUGCAAGGCUAUCUGGUCAAAUCGGCCAGUGUCAUCAACAAGCCAGUUUGCAGACACGGAAUUCAGAGUGAUGCGGAAUGGCUUGAAGCAUACUUGGGUGCAUUUUCCCAACACGUAACAUACUCUGACCUCAAAGCCUUCAACCUCUCUGCGAUGGCAGUUGUGGACUCCCUCUCACCAGAGCAGAAGACUGAGCUGAUAUUGGAUACUGACAGUGGAGCUUUGGAGGAUGAGGCCUUCCUAAGGGAGGUGUUGACGAGCUUGAUAGAGUCGCCUGAUGAUGAGGAGUUUGAACACUUUUUAAUUGCUUUUGCAAAAGCCAACAAGCAGAAAAACAUCACCCUCAUCAAAAAUCCAGGUGUACGAGACACAAUCUUGAACCUGACUUUGACGGCCCUUGCGCCUGAAUUUGAAGAAUUUGAGCCUGAAGACUUUAAGAUGUUGUUCCAGGACCAUUUGGCUCCUGUCUUGGCGAGCCUCCACCCUGGCAGCUUGGCGGUUAUCCCCAAUAACAUCAGCUGUCACUCCUACAGAGCUAUACUCACUGGUCUUGGGCAAAGUGUGGAAUCCCUGCCAUUGCACCUUUCGGACAGCCUGAGAUCAAGCAUAAAGUCACUGAAGGAAAGAUUCACACGUUGCUCACUUCCAGACUCCUUCAUGUGCAAGAAGACCCCGGUCAAUGAGAACCUCAUCUGUGCUGCAGUCAAUAGAUCACACGUCCAAGAAACACUAUCUGUUUACAAUUCCUCUGAAGCGCUGUGCCGUUUUAACCUCACUGAGCAUGCUUGUUCCUCGGCUACACAUCUAACAGCCAGCAACUUGGUCACAUUGAUGAACUGCACACUGGAAAGCAACAGGACAUACCCGACAGAGGUCUGGAAGCUUUUAUUCCAAAAAGCUUCUCCUGAACUAGACAAGGCUCUUGAGACAUUCGCAACCAUGGCACCAGGCAACAGCAAGCCAUCCUUGUCACAUGCACUUGAGGCUCUCGGAGAGGUGAGAAUUGCCAACUUCAGCCAGACACAACUGCAGAGUGAUGACUUUGUCAGCAGCUGGUUCCAGACAAAUAUUCGUCCGUUUUUGGCCUCCACAACCCCCAACUUCCUGUUCUGCCUCAGCUCCAAGAACUUCAGCUGCGAGACCUACCAGACUGUCAUCAAGGCAUUCAGCAGUCAAAGGGCAUCCAUGGACAGAGAACAACAGCAAGCUGUCUACACGCAUUUCAUCCGACCAUUCCUUUCAAGAAAUGACUCAUCAGAUCCUGGCUGUGUCUCCUUCAACAGAGGCAGUAAAGAGUGGCUUCAGGGCAACUUUGGCAACUUCUCUGGUUUUGCAAAACUUCGGGAUCUGCAACAUCUCAAUGCCAACUUCUCCAGCGCCGAAUUGUUGCCACUGCUCACUCCCACUCAGGUGGCAGAGUUGACACUGAGCUCAGGGGCCUUGAAUGACACCGACCACAUUGACCGUGUGUUUGAGCGACUCCAGGAGGGCGAUGCUCUGGAAAAUGUGGAAGAAUUCCUGACACAGCUGACAGCUAAUGGAAAGGGCCCGGAUUUCCAACCUGUUGUGAGAGACCGUGUAAUGAAUCGGACCUUCAGCAUUAUCAGUCCCAAUUUCACACACUUUAUGGAAGAAGACUGGUUUGUUUGGUUCCAUAAGAUCCUGGUUCCUGUCCUCCCAAGUUUCAGUCCAAUGAUGAUCAAGAGUGCAACCGCAAACAUUUCCUGCAAAAACUUCCAAGUCGUUGUGAGUGGGAUGAGCAAUGCUGCCCCUGCAAUGUCCAAGGGACAACGAAAAGGCAUUGGAAAAGCCUUGCAAGGCUAUCUGGUCAAAUCGGCCAGUGUCAUCAACAAGCCAGUUUGCAGACACGGAAUUCAGAGUGAUGCGGAAUGGCUUGAAGCAUACUUGGGUGCAUUUUCCCAACACGUAACAUACUCUGACCUCAAAGCCUUCAACCUCUCUGCGAUGGCAGUUGUGGACUCCCUCUCACCAGAGCAGAAGGUUGAGCUGAUAUUGGAUACUGACAGUGGAGCUUUGGAGGAUGAGGCCUUCCUAAGGGAGGUGUUGACGAGCUUGAUAGAGUCGCCUGAUGAUGAGGAGUUUGAACACUUUUUAAUUGCUUUUGCAAAAGCCAACAAGCAGAAAAACAUCACCCUCAUCAAAAAUCCAGGUGUACGAGACACAAUCUUGAACCUGACUUUGACGGCCCUUGCGCCUGAAUUUGAAGAAUUUGAGCCUGAAGACUUUAAGAUGUUGUUCCAGGACCAUUUGGCUCCUGUCUUGGCGAGCCUCCACCCUGGCAGCUUGGCGGUUAUCCCCAAUAACAUCAGCUGUCACUCCUACAGAGCUAUACUCACUGGUCUUGGGCAAAGUGUGGAAUCCCUGCCAUUGCACCUUUCGGACAGCCUGAGAUCAAGCAUAAAGUCACUGAAGGAAAGAUUCACACGUUGCUCACUUCCAGACUCCUUCAUGUGCAAGAAGACCCCGGUCAAUGAGAACCUCAUCUGUGCUGCAGUCAAUAGAUCACACGUCCAAGAAACACUAUCUGUUUACAAUUCCUCUGAAGCGCUGUGCCGUUUUAACCUCACUGAGCAUGCUUGUUCCUCGGCUACACAUCUAACAGCCAGCAACUUGGUCACAUUGAUGAACUGCACACUGGAAAGCAACAGGACAUACCCGACAGAGGUCUGGAAGCUUUUAUUCCAAAAAGCUUCUCCUGAACUAGACAAGGCUCUUGAGACAUUCGCAACCAUGGCACCAGGCAACAGCAAGCCAUCCUUGUCACAUGCACUUGAGGCUCUCGGAGAGGUGAGAAUUGCCAACUUCAGCCAGACACAACUGCAGAGUGAUGACUUUGUCAGCAGCUGGUUCCAGACAAAUAUUCGUCCGUUUUUGGCCUCCACAACCCCCAACUUCCUGUUCUGCCUCAGCUCCAAGAACUUCAGCUGCGAGACCUACCAGACUGUCAUCAAGGCAUUCAGCAGUCAAAGGGCAUCCAUGGACAGAGAACAACAGCAAGCUGUCUACACGCAUUUCAUCCGACCAUUCCUUUCAAGAAAUGACUCAUCAGAUCCUGGCUGUGUCUCCUUCAACAGAGGCAGUAAAGAGUGGCUUCAGGGCAACUUUGGCAACUUCUCUGGUUUUGCAAAACUUCGGGAUCUGCAACAUCUCAAUGCCAACUUCUCCAGCGCCGAAUUGUUGCCACUGCUCACUCCCACUCAGGUGGCAGAGUUGACACUGAGCUCAGGGGCCUUGAAUGACACCGACCACAUUGACCGUGUGUUUGAGCGACUCCAGGAGGGCGAUGCUCUGGAAAAUGUGGAAGAAUUCCUGACACAGCUGACAGCUAAUGGAAAGGGCCCGGAUUUCCAACCUGUUGUGAGAGACCGUGUAAUGAAUCGGACCUUCAGCAUUAUCAGUCCCAAUUUCACACACUUUAUGGAAGAAGACUGGUUUGUUUGGUUCCAUAAGAUCCUGGUUCCUGUCCUCCCAAGUUUCAGUCCAAUGAUGAUCAAGAGUGCAACCGCAAACAUUUCCUGCAAAAACUUCCAAGUCGUUGUGAGUGGGAUGAGCAAUGCUGCCCCUGCAAUGUCCAAGGGACAACGAAAAGGCAUUGGAAAAGCCUUGCAAGGCUAUCUGGUCAAAUCGGCCAGUGUCAUCAACAAGCCAGUUUGCAGACACGGAAUUCAGAGUGAUGCGGAAUGGCUUGAAGCAUACUUGGGUGCAUUUUCCCAACACGUAACAUACUCUGACCUCAAAGCCUUCAACCUCUCUGCGAUGGCAGUUGUGGACUCCCUCUCACCAGAGCAGAAGGUUGAGCUGAUAUUGGAUACUGACAGUGGAGCUUUGGAGGAUGAGGCCUUCCUAAGGGAGGUGUUGACGAGCUUGAUAGAGUCGCCUGAUGAUGAGGAGUUUGAACACUUUUUAAUUGCUUUUGCAAAAGCCAACAAGCAGAAAAACAUCACCCUCAUCAAAAAUCCAGGUGUACGAGACACAAUCUUGAACCUGACUUUGACGGCCCUUGCGCCUGAAUUUGAAGAAUUUGAGCCUGAAGACUUUAAGAUGUUGUUCCAGGACCAUUUGGCUCCUGUCUUGGCGAGCCUCCACCCUGGCAGCUUGGCGGUUAUCCCCAAUAACAUCAGCUGUCACUCCUACAGAGCUAUACUCACUGGUCUUGGGCAAAGUGUGGAAUCCCUGCCAUUGCACCUUUCGGACAGCCUGAGAUCAAGCAUAAAGUCACUGAAGGAAAGAUUCACACGUUGCUCACUUCCAGACUCCUUCAUGUGCAAGAAGACCCCGGUCAAUGUCAAUAGAUCACACGUCCAAGAAACACUAUCUGUUUACAAUUCCUCUGAAGCGCUGUGCCGUUUUAACCUCACUGAGCAUGCUUGUUCCUCGGCUACACAUCUAACAGCCAGCAACUUGGUCACAUUGAUGAACUGCACACUGGAAAGCAACAGGACAUACCCGACAGAGGUCUGGAAGCUUUUAUUCCAAAAAGCUUCUCCUGAACUAGACAAGGCUCUUGAGACAUUCGCAACCAUGGCACCAGGCAACAGCAAGCCAUCCUUGUCACAUGCACUUGAGGCUCUCGGAGAGGUGAGAAUUGCCAACUUCAGCCAGACACAACUGCAGAGUGAUGACUUUGUCAGCAGCUGGUUCCAGACAAAUAUUCGUCCGUUUUUGGCCUCCACAACCCCCAACUUCCUGUUCUGCCUCAGCUCCAAGAACUUCAGCUGCGAGACCUACCAGACUGUCAUCAAGGCAUUCAGCAGUCAAAGGGCAUCCAUGGACAGAGAACAACAGCAAGCUGUCUACACGCAUUUCAUCCGACCAUUCCUUUCAAGAAAUGACUCAUCAGAUCCUGGCUGUGUCUCCUUCAACAGAGGCAGUAAAGAGUGGCUUCAGGGCAACUUUGGCAACUUCUCUGGUUUUGCAAAACUUCGGGAUCUGCAACAUCUCAAUGCCAACUUCUCCAGCGCCGAAUUGUUGCCACUGCUCACUCCCACUCAGGUGGCAGAGUUGACACUGAGCUCAGGGGCCUUGAAUGACACCGACCACAUUGACCGUGUGUUUGAGCGACUCCAGGAGGGCGAUGCUCUGGAAAAUGUGGAAGAAUUCCUGACACAGCUGACAGCUAAUGGAAAGGGCCCGGAUUUCCAACCUGUUGUGAGAGACCGUGUAAUGAAUCGGACCUUCAGCAUUAUCAGUCCCAAUUUCACACACUUUAUGGAAGAAGACUGGUUUGUUUGGUUCCAUAAGAUCCUGGUUCCUGUCCUCCCAAGUUUCAGUCCAAUGAUGAUCAAGAGUGCAACCGCAAACAUUUCCUGCAAAAACUUCCAAGUCGUUGUGAGUGGGAUGAGCAAUGCUGCCCCUGCAAUGUCCAAGGGACAACGAAAAGGCAUUGGAAAAGCCUUGCAAGGCUAUCUGGUCAAAUCGGCCAGUGUCAUCAACAAGCCAGUUUGCAGACACGGAAUUCAGAGUGAUGCGGAAUGGCUUGAAGCAUACUUGGGUGCAUUUUCCCAACACGUAACAUACUCUGACCUCAAAGCCUUCAACCUCUCUGCGAUGGCAGUUGUGGACUCCCUCUCACCAGAGCAGAAGGUUGAGCUGAUAUUGGAUACUGACAGUGGAGCUUUGGAGGAUGAGGCCUUCCUAAGGGAGGUGUUGACGAGCUUGAUAGAGUCGCCUGAUGAUGAGGAGUUUGAACACUUUUUAAUUGCUUUUGCAAAAGCCAACAAGCAGAAAAACAUCACCCUCAUCAAAAAUCCAGGUGUACGAGACACAAUCUUGAACCUGACUUUGACGGCCCUUGCGCCUGAAUUUGAAGAAUUUGAGCCUGAAGACUUUAAGAUGUUGUUCCAGGACCAUUUGGCUCCUGUCUUGGCGAGCCUCCACCCUGGCAGCUUGGCGGUUAUCCCCAAUAACAUCAGCUGUCACUCCUACAGAGCUAUACUCACUGGUCUUGGGCAAAGUGUGGAAUCCCUGCCAUUGCACCUUUCGGACAGCCUGAGAUCAAGCAUAAAGUCACUGAAGGAAAGAUUCACACGUUGCUCACUUCCAGACUCCUUCAUGUGCAAGAAGACCCCGGUCAAUGAGAACCUCACCUGUGCUGCAGUCAAUAGAUCACACGUCCAAGAAACACUAUCUGUUUACAAUUCCUCUGAAGCGCUGUGCCGUUUUAACCUCACUGAGCAUGCUUGUUCCUCGGCUACACAUCUAACAGCCAGCAACUUGGUCACAUUGAUGAACUGCACACUGGAAAGCAACAGGACAUACCCGACAGAGGUCUGGAAGCUUUUAUUCCAAAAAGCUUCUCCUGAACUAGACAAGGCUCUUGAGACAUUCGCAACCAUGGCACCAGGCAACAGCAAGCCAUCCUUGUCACAUGCACUUGAGGCUCUCGGAGAGGUGAGAAUUGCCAACUUCAGCCAGACACAACUGCAGAGUGAUGACUUUGUCAGCAGCUGGUUCCAGACAAAUAUUCGUCCGUUUUUGGCCUCCACAACCCCCAACUUCCUGUUCUGCCUCAGCUCCAAGAACUUCAGCUGCGAGACCUACCAGACUGUCAUCAAGGCAUUCAGCAGUCAAAGGGCAUCCAUGGACAGAGAACAACAGCAAGCUGUCUACACGCAUUUCAUCCGACCAUUCCUUUCAAGAAAUGACUCAUCAGAUCCUGGCUGUGUCUCCUUCAACAGAGGCAGUAAAGAGUGGCUUCAGGGCAACUUUGGCAACUUCUCUGGUUUUGCAAAACUUCGGGAUCUGCAACAUCUCAAUGCCAACUUCUCCAGC